AUGGCGUUUAACAUUCCCUGUGAGGACGACUUCAUAGAAAACUACACUGACCCAACUACGGCAGACAGAACUUUGUACACUACAGGGACGGCAACGAUUGUCGGUAUAUUGAUGCCGUGCAUCCUCAUCUUUGGUGUCGUCAAUAACCUGUUCUUCUUGGUGGGUGUGUUCCGCGUGAAGCGUAUGAGGACAGUCACUAACCACUACUUGGUCCAACUUGCUGUGACGGAUAUCUUGUACCUUCCGUUUGCUGCAGGGGAGAGGAUACUACGGUUCACCAUGUCCCCCAUCGUAUACGACAAGGGAUCGGAAGGGCUUAUAUUCGGCUGCAUUAUCAUUCCGUUUUUCAGGUCUUUGGGUUAUUUCGCCUCGCUCUUCUUUAUCACCUUAGUGACACUAGAGAUGUUCUUGGCUAUCUGCAAGCCAAUAAAACACAUGGUGCUUAAUAGCAGAGGGUUGACACUGAAGCUAACAUGUGGUGUAUGGGGAUCAGCCAGUUUCUUUGCAUGCGUGUUGAUAACUUCGUUCUGUAUUCUCGAGCACUACUGCGUCAUUUGGCCGGCAGCCGAGACAUACCAGCAUCUUCCAACCAUUGCAGCGAGUUGCGAGCCUGUCAGUCAGUGGGCAAACGAAGCCCACAACAUCAUUCAGUCGGCACCCUUUUACAUUGGACUCGUUGUUGAUAUCACACUUUACCUUUGA